AUGUCGACCAGCAAGCCAUUGGGACCUUUCAAGCUCGUCACAGUCAACACAGCACCUGAGCGUGCUUACAGGUUGAUUGGUCGCGUCGUCGAGAACGUCAAGGACAAAUACACAAUCAUCCACGCUGGAAACGCAGAUAAUGUANNGUUCACAGCAUCCAUGUGGACACCUGAGGAAGCCAAGAGCAUCCACGCCGAAGCCAAAGAGAUCAUGGGCCCGCAAUUGAAGACUUUCGCUCUGCCUCAGGGACUUCAGGUAUCGAGAGGGCCGGACGCUGUGGUCGAGUUCAUCGAGGAAAAUCUGCCUGCUCUGCUCGAGGAUUAG